AUGGCGGAAAAUGAAGAAGGUAAGUGUCUGAUUUACCCAUAAACGUUUCUCUAUACUUUGAGCUCAAUUAUUUGUGCAUUUGUUGUAGCAAUCAAAAGAAAAAGUGACGAGGAAGCUGAGACAACCGAACCUGCACCUAAACGAGUAAGCAUGUCUACUGUCUCGUGUUUCUUGUCAUUUGUUUUCACGGGAACUGGUUCAAAUUUGAGCCCUUGAAAACUUUGCUAAUGUAAUUCAUUUCUUCCUAGGUACGACUGGAAUCGGAGGAUCUUAAGAGCUUGUCCAAGGAGGAAGUAUUAGAAAGGUGAAUGUUUUUUGCGUGACAGCUGAAUUUGCAGCGACUAGAAUCUUGUCAAUAUUUUUCUACUGUCGUUUGAAAAAAGCUUUUAUUUAGUGUUGUUAGAUGCUACAUGACAGUUACCUCCGAUUUAACGAUUUUCCAUGAUCGGAAGUGCACGAGGUUUUCAGGAGUGUAUUUGAAGAGCUGUCAUUCAUUGGGAUUGAUCACUUUAUAUCAACACCUUUGUCAAAUUGCAAAGGAAGCUCGCGUUUUAACGUUGUUGUUGGGUAAAGUCAUUACUUGUUUAAGUAUCAUUAUUUACACAAAGGUGUCUUGUCCAUAGCAGAGCCCCUUAAAGGACAUGCUAACUAAACAAGAAGUUGCUAACAACAGUCUUACCGAAACUACAGAUCAAUAAUGAUGUAACUUUGGUAAAACUCGUAACCAUUUUCAUCCCCUUCCAACUCCUUUCUGGAUUUUGGCUGAGUAGCCCCAGCAACACUGUAGGUUAUUAAAACUUGAACCAUUCAUUUUGUGGUGUCAAAAGUUAACUUUUUAUACCACCACAGAGAGAAUUUCACUCAGGACCCCAUCACCCCCACCCCCUUAGAUUUUCCAUUUUUAAUACUAAGUAAUGCCCUAAACAUUGUGAAGAAUAGAGUUGAAGUUGAUCUUCAAACCUCUCAAGAAUUUUGACAAUUGUGACAACCCCCCCUCCAACCUCUCUUGUAAAGUCCAUUGUCACUGUGAGAAUGGUUGUCAAAGUACAUAAAGAACGAGACCAUUUUGGGUUAAAGCAACGGUUUUCAUCCUCAUGGGUGUAAUAUUGAUGGAAUUAGUGCCAUUUCAGUGUUGAAUGAAACCAUAAACAAGUCAAAUUUUCAAUCACAAUGUUUAGGCAAAACCAAAAGGAGAAUGAAAACUCUACAUGUAGAUUCUGAAAUGGUUUCAUGGUAUACCUCCCUCUUUGUAAAGCGAAACUUUCACUGUUUUUCAUUUGACUGAGGUGAUGCCAUGCAGUGUAANUUUUCAUCCUCAUGGGUGUAAUAUUGAUGGAAUUAGUGCCAUUUCAGUGUUGAAUGAAACCAUAAACAAGUCAAAUUUUCAAUCACAAUGUUUAGGCAAAACCAAAAGGAGAAUGAAAACUCUACAUGUAGAUUCUGAAAUGGUUUCAUGGUAUACCUCCCUCUUUGUAAAGCGAAACUUUCACUGUUUUUCAUUUGACUGAGGUGAUGCCAUGCAGUGUAAUAACAAUAUCUACUGGUACUGAUAAUGAGUAGUAGCGGUCAAAUCUACAAGCACACAAUAAAUUGAGUUGUAGUUGGCCAUGGUCUAGUUCCAUUGAAAUAUAUCCUAGCAUUUGCCACUGUUGAUCUCAGUGAAUUAUUUUAUUACAAAAAUUGGUCAAAGUAUUUGUUAUUGUACCACAAAGAUUAAAAAACAUGACAAUUAUUUUGACCUUUGAUUUGAUUUGAUUUUUACAAGAAAACUAUGUUUGGUACUUUUUUAACAAAUUAAGUUCAUUUGCACUCUUUUUCCUAAGUACAAUAACGUCAGUGAUAGAAAAUGUACUCACCUUUUUGGUGGCUUCAUCUCAAACAUUCUGCAUUUUGGUAUAGGAUUUAGUAAGAGUUAAAAUUUAACCUGGUGGAAUUGCUCAAAGUGUAGUCAUCCCUUUAUCCUGUCUCCCUACAUGUGCAUAUAAUUAUACAUUCCUAUACACUUAUGUAUAGGAAUGUAUAAUUAUAUGCACAUUGUAACCUUGUUUAUAAGAAUUUAGGUGCAAGAUCAUUUUCAGUUAACUGAGAUAUCUAAGCAACAAUAAAUUUGCCCUGUGAUAAGGGAUUUUAAACAAAGCAUCUGAAAUUGCAGGGCCUUGAUUUAAAUUUACAUGUAUAAGAAAAGCAUAUGUGGUUAAAUAAGGUUCUGUCUUGGUGGCUAAAGUUCUUUCCCUAUAAAGUUGUUCGAAAUACACUAAAAUGCACUUUCCAGUGCUCUGGAGAUAAAAACAUUCCCAGGCUGCAGGAAAGCUAGCCCCAGGACUUCCCUAAUGGAAGGGCACAACCCGCUCUCUCUCUCUCUUACAUAUCCCAUCAAGCAGCUUUGCCUCUGCACCUUUCCAUCUAAACUUUGUAUUAUUCUGCCAUCUUAAAUUUUUUGUCCUUCUACUUUAAAACUAAUUUCUUGGGGAACCCCGUGAAUUGUACAUGUAAAUACCCAUUUAUAUCACUUUUAAGUUGUAUUGUACAUGUAUUUAAAUCCUUACUUUUGUUUAAAGGAUAAAGGAGUUGAAUGAGUACAUUGAUCACCUGGAGAAAAAACAGAAUGGAGAGCAAACGAAUAGUAAGUUGUAGCUUUGAAGCUGCUUACAUGCACAUACACAGACUGUAUGCUUUUAGCUAAAAUAUUCUCACCUUAAUCUUGGCUGCUCUGUCAACAUGUAAUUGGCAACAAAAUUUUUGAGGCAUUGUACUCAAAUAGGGUUACCUCAGAGAACAAAACAAUAAUUUACACCCCUCCCCCCUUCCCUCCAUUUACAGUUCUGCUGGGGUGUUUGUUGUUUUCUGCAAGUAGCUCGAACAGUGGCACAACAGUGCAUGGAGGGGAUGGGGGCGGGAAAGCUUUUUUUUUACCUUUGGAAGGCAGUAAAAUGUCAGAAAGGCCCUUUAAGGCAGUGUCUCAACUAAUAUUGUUGUUGAAUUUGCGGGUACUGAAAUUAAAAAUGACAUGCCAUGGGUCACAUUUGUUACCUGACCUGUCUUGUGUCUCACUUCUAUUCUCACUAGUGCAUUAUGAAAAUAUAAUUUACUAUUACCAUCCACACUUUUUGGAAGAAAUGACUUUAAGGAAUCAUGAAUAUUAGUGUAGUAUCCAAAACUUGGCGUCAUGUAGCUCUACCUUUGUUAGGCUAGUAGAAUUGUUUUGAAUUCUUUAAAUAAAUGAUGUUUUUGUGAGAAAUGAAUGACACACUGUCUUGUUCUGAGUAAUCAAAGUGUUUUGUGACUCACAGAAGAGCUGGUAGGACUCAUGGAGACAGGAGAGAAAUUGAAACAGCAGCAGCAGGAAUCUACAAGACGUGAGAAUGUUUUGGUGAUGAGGCUUGCAACCAAGGAACAGGAAAUGCAAGACUUAUUGGUGAGGAGAACAGAAAACAAGUCCUCAUUCUUAAUAAACUGCACAGCCAUAACUGCAGUGAUGUGCUUUACUGAUCAAUACAAUGAACAGAGACACUGCUUGAGCACAAUGCCAUCAAAUGUCUGUCUCAGAUCAAGUGGUGUGCGGGAGGGAAACUAUCGUCUGCAGUGAUAACAGGCAAAAUAUUGAUACCUAGCUACAGUACCAGAGAGCAGUAUAGAACUGUCCUGGAACUUUCGCAGAGACUUAAAUUCUUAUGAUGAUUGGAGCUGAAUUAUUGACUCUUAGAAAAUAGUUGCUCAUUUCAAGGUACAAACAGNGUGAGAAUGUUUUGGUGAUGAGGCUUGCAACCAAGGAACAGGAAAUGCAAGACUUAUUGGUGAGGAGAACAGAAAACAAGUCCUCAUUCUUAAUAAACUGCACAGCCAUAACUGCAGUGAUGUGCUUUACUGAUCAAUACAAUGAACAGAGACACUGCUUGAGCACAAUGCCAUCAAAUGUCUGUCUCAGAUCAAGUGGUGUGCGGGAGGGAAACUAUCGUCUGCAGUGAUAACAGGCAAAAUAUUGAUACCUAGCUACAGUACCAGAGAGCAGUAUAGAACUGUCCUGGAACUUUCGCAGAGACUUAAAUUCUUAUGAUGAUUGGAGCUGAAUUAUUGACUCUUAGAAAAUAGUUGCUCAUUUCAAGGUACAAACAGCACUUAGCUACAGUGUGAUACACUUUACAUGUUGCUGAUUUGUGUGUUUGAGGGAGGCUUGCUGGUAUAUGUAACUAUUCCUUUUCUCCGUUUUUAUGGUUAUUGUGGUUGAUAGCUUGUGCCAAAAAUGGAAUGUAAGUUCUGGUUAAGUCCAUCUUUGAAACAGUGCCAAAAUCCUUUUUCUGGGUCCUCACGUUUGUACCAGGAUUUGAGUAUGCGCCAUUAUUGGCUUGUUAAAAAAACCAUGGUCAAUUUGCCAGUCAGUUUGAAGGGGAAUUUGAAAUGUAUUUCUGGUAAUUUGUUGAGUCCGUUGGGGCCCAGAACAAAGAUUUUGGUGCUGCUUCCCAGGUGCUACUAUCCAAGGUUAGAUUAUAGUACGUUUGCAGUACAGGCUACAUGUAGGUAUCUGAGAGCAAGUGCAGUAAGGAAAACCCUCCUUUAUGUAUGGCUACCCCUUUUAUACAACCACCAUGUCCUUGUGGUAGCAGCCCAAUUGUUUUUUCCUAAAAAAUCAGCCUUUUUUUAUCUGAAACAUGCAAAACCUGAAAACUUGACAACAUUAGUUCAGGUUGUGGUAUUUACAGUACAGUGUACAUGUAUUAUCAUGGCCUGGUCAUAAAAGGGGGUUUUCACUGCACAUUUAAUUAAUUGUCAGAUGUUAAGAAAAUAUACAUAUAUAUUGUCGUCUCCCAUUUCAACCUUGGAUGCAUGUAUAUUUGUGGUCACUGGUGGAAAGUUUUGGUAGAUGUAUGUAGAUGCAGCUUUCCUGUAAAGUUUGAAGGCUUUGGAGUAGAGGGGAGAAGUUGUCAUGUCUGUUACCAUGGUAGCAAAAUGUCUGGAUCUUAACAAACUAUGGUCCUGCAAGUUAGUCUGGCAGAAAAAAAAAUGAAAAAAUUGAGGUGUAUGACUUUCCUGUGCAUGAUUGCACUCAGGAGCAAAACAGUAGCCCAUACUUCACUUCCACUGUUUGACAAUGCAAAUGGCUGUUGCUGUGAAGAAAGGUUGUUGAGAUCCAGAAAUUUUGCUACCAUGGUAACAUGAGCUCACACUCUCCUCUCUUAUUAAGGCUGUACUCUAAGAAAAAUUGAAGGGAGCCCAGUGCAUCCACCGCACCCAGCAUGAUACGUGUGGUCUUUUGGGUCAUUUUCGGAAGUCUUCGAUUCUGCAGUGUAGUGCAGUGCUCCCAAGCAGGAAUUUAUUGUUUUGUUUGAACAGAAAUAAAGAAUUUUGUUGUGUUCUCUAUAAUACUAUACAUUUGACAUCAAAAUGUGCAUGUCACGGCUUUGUUACAUGAUCAAAAUUGUUAUAGUCGAUAAAAAUCAUUGGCAAUAAAUCACUUGUUACUGGAAAUCAAUCAAAGUCAAAACUGAGGAUUGUGACUAUCAAUUUUCCUUGAUUGCUAUCAGUUUCAAUCAAUGGUUGUGGUUUUCAAGAUUUAUGUUAAUUGACACUCCAUCUGUACAUCCCUUCCCUUACAUGUAUUUCUACUAUUCAGUUGCUGCCUUUUCACUAUGGUUAGCUGAAAUUGAUGCCUGAACAAUUUUUUCUGUUGAACGUAAAUCUCCAAAAAAUGUAGGUACUGUUUCUUCUGAAAAAUGCAGUUUACUUUAUGGGACUCACUAAAACUUGAUUCUUGACUGUGUAAGUUCUCUAAAUUAUUGUAGCAUUUGCAGAUUGUUUCAAUCAGCCCCCUCUUCAGCCCUUCUGUUUAAUUCCCAUGUUCACAGACCAUGCUAUUUUAUAUUCCUCUUCUCCGAUUGUGACUCAUAACCUCAGAAAUUGUUAUGUUUUGCAUACCGAUUGAAACUGAUAAAAAUCUGUAGAAAAUCGAUAGACUGAGAAGAAGAAAAGGUACACUGCUGCAAUUACAGUUGGGAAAAACUUUGCUUCUCAAAGGAAUUUCUAUAUUAAUUUUGCCUCCCAACAAGGCUUAGAGUUUCUUCAACUUUUAACAAGGCUUUGAGUUUCGUUUCUGGUGCAAUCCAAAGUCCUUACACAGCUUACUUUGGGAUGUAUUAUUUCCGAAAAUGACCCAAAUGUGGCUUAGUAAUCAAGCUAAAAGGCUUUAAUUUUUUCAUUGUCGCUCGCUCUCUCUAAAGGGGUCAUGUCACGAAUAUUUUGCUGUUUUACAAUGUAGGUCAAUUCUGUGCUUAAGUCAUAACUUAUUGCUUUUACUCAUACACAAAAUGCUCCUGUAAUGUUAAGAAGAAAAUAUCAAACAAGUUUACCAGCAAGCACUAACUACAAGAACUUUGUGGUGAUUUUUGCUUCAAUUGAUGUCCAUCUUUCCAUUCUUAGCAGCAGACGACAGGAAACAGUUUCAGUGCCUAGUGUCUUCAAUAACAAAACUGGACCAUUAUUUUUAAAUUCAAUUGAUGUGAAGAAUUUUUUAGCUUUGAAAAAGAUAGCAAAAACCGUGACAUAACCACUUUAAACAGGUGAACCGUUAUUUAUCAGAGUCAAACGUGUCUGUCUUUUGUUUGUCAACAUCGCUCAAGUUCUUUUAAGUUAAGGCUGCAUAGAGCGUGCUGUCUACCAACAGGAAGGCAACAAGGCCAACAUUUUGUUCUUUAUUGUCGACAGACCCAAAUUCAUGAUUUGAAACAAGCUCAAAACCCGUCUUCAAUACAACUACGGUCAACAUUGCUGGAUCCAGCGGUGAAUUUGUUAUUUCAACGAAUGAAAACAGACUUGGACUCUGAAAAGGAGAAACUGGAACAAGCUCAGAAUGACCUCAGUGCUUGGAAGUUUACACCCGACAGGUGA